AGAGGAAGAGGAAGAGGCAGCCUCUCAGCAGCAGCAGCAGCAGCAGGUUUAUGGAAGCAGCAGCCGGAGGAGGAGGAAGAAGUAAAAGAGGACGGGGAACCAGAGCGUGCGGCUGCAGUGAGGGGGGACGCCGACACCACAGAGAUUUCCCCCUCCUCACCUCGCUGACCAAUGAAAGAGGCCAUGCCGGUGCUCACAGCAGGAGCAGGGCUCCAUGAAACUCUGGCCCUGCUGACCUCCCAGCUGCGGCCCGAUGCCAACCACAAGGAGGACAUGGUCUUCCUGAAAGACGUCUUCAGUGAGAGGAGUCUGGGUUUCCUCAUGAAGAUUCACGAGAAGCUGCGACAGUACGAGAGGCAGAGCCCUACACCUGUGCUCCACAGCGCCUCCUGUCUGGCUGAGGAUGUGGCAGAGGAGCUGCAGAGUGGACCCAUGAGCACCGAUGAGAAGGAGCUUCUGCAUCUCCUGACGUCUCCACAUCUGAAGGCCGUCCUCUCUGUGCAUGACACCGUGGCGCAGAAGAACUUCGACCCCGUUCUACCGCCGCUGCCCGAUGACUUUGAAGACGAGCUGGAAGAGGAGUCUGUGAAGAUCGUCAGACUGGUGAAGAACAAGGAGCCUCUGGGAGCCACCAUAAGGCGGGAUGAGGCGUCUGGGGCGGUCAUCGUGGCUCGCAUAAUGAGAGGAGGUGCAGCUGACCGAAGCGGUUUGGUUCAUGUAGGAGAUGAACUCAGGGAAGUCAACGGGGUCUCUGUGAUCCACAAAAGACCUGAAGAGAUCAGCCAGCUGCUGUCCCAGUCUCAGGGCUCCAUCACUCUGAAGAUCAUUCCAGCCAUUAAGGAGGAGGACAAACUGAAGGAGAGCAAGGUUUACAUGCGAGCUUUGUUCGACUACAUCCCCCUGGAGGACAAGGCCACGCCCUGCCAGGAGGCGGGACUUCCCUUUAAACGAGGGGACAUCCUGCAGAUCGUGACACAGGAUGACCCCACGUGGUGGCAGGCAAAGCGAGUGGGAGACAGCAACCUGCGGGCCGGACUCAUCCCCUCCAAACAGUUCCAGGAGAGGCGACUGGCUUACAGGAUGAAAAUGGGGACACUGCCGAAUCCAAAAUCCCCUAAAAAGCCUCCCUCGGAACAAGGAUGUGACAAAGAGGACUGUGACUGUGAGGGCUAUUUCAAUGGACAGUACAUAGUCUCUCCUAAGUGUAAAGCAGUGGCGCCCUCCUGUGGCCAGGUGUUUUCCUGGGAGUUUUAUUCAGCUGGUUUACGGAGGAGCUUCCGGCUGAGCCGGAAGGACCGGCAGGGCUCCUCUGCAGAUGGCUUGGAUUCUGGAGAACCCAACUUCCUGACCUAUGAGGAGGUGACCCGUUACCAGCAGAGACCCAAUGAGAGGCCUCGUCUGGUGGUUCUGAUUGGUUCUCUUGGAGCACGGAUAAAUGAACUUAAACAGAGAGUGAUUGCUGAAAACCCACAUCGUUAUGCAGUAGCUGUUCCACAUACAACUCGACCCAAGAAACCCCACGAGAAGGAUGGAGUCGAGUACCACUUUGUCACAAAACAGCAGUUUGAUGCAGAUGUUUUGAGCAACAAGUACAUAGAGCACGGCGAGUACAAAGAAAACCAGUAUGGCACCAGUAUUGAAGCUAUCCGCUGUGUCCAGGCCAAGAACAAGAUGUGCAUCGUUGAUGUGCAGCCUGAGGCUGUGAAGAGGCUGCGGACAACCGAGUUUAAACCGUAUGUUAUAUUCGUCAAACCUCGCAUUCCUGAAAGCAGACGGCGCCGCAGCGCAGCCACCUCGCCAGCAGGGGGAGAUCAUGGCCGCAUUACAGAUGACGACCUCCAGGAGAUGCGUCAGUCCGCCAUUCAGAUUGAUCAGCAGUAUGGACACCUGGUGGACCGGGUCUUAAUUAAAGAAGACUCGGCCAGUGCCUGUGCAGAACUGCAGGCUAUUCUGGAAAGGUUGGAGCGAGAGACGUUCUGGGUGCCUCUCAGCUGGGUCCAGACUUAAACCCACAACCUGUUUACCAGUCCUCUCCCAUGAAGAGAUGAUUCAAGACUCUGAAAAGGAGACAGUCGGAGAAUACCUCAGUUUUCAGCAGCUUGGCUGCUGAAAGUCUUAGUUUCUGAUUCCACAGAUGGAUGAAAGUUUGUUUUAUGGUUCCUUCGUCUUUCUAAAUCUCUUGAGGCCCACUCUUCUGAAGAAAUAAACUUUCAAUUUGAAAAAGCAGAUUUUGCUUGUUGCUACAGUUAAAUGAACCCAAAUUAAGGUUUUAUAGAAAACUCUUCAACCAAACUACAUAUCACUGCUACUUUUUUCACUCCUCACUGUAGCUAAAGGAGACAGGAUCUCAGUUGGGUCCAUCAUGACUCCUGUUCGAGUCUUUAGUAGCAUGAUUAAAUUAAGAUUUGCAGGUUUUUUUUCUUUUACUCUACAGCUCAUGCAUCCAGUAGUAUACCAGAAUUUCACAAAUGAAUCAAAUGCAUGACCAGGUCUCACGUGUAAAUACUGUACAUUUUAGUCUGCGUGCCAAUGAAUGAUGUCGUAGCACUUCAAUGCAACUUGUUUACCCUGGAUCCCUGAGAAACCACAUCAGUUUGAGUGUAGAACAUGUUAUGGACACAUGGAGUUUCUGGCUGAAUGGGUUGUAUCUCUUUUGCUUGUAGGAAUGGAUUUUGUAAAGUUUUCUGGCACAACUAAGGAUUUUUACUCUGACAGACGUGACCUCUUACUCAUUUUUAAUCAACCUCUCAGCAGUUCAGAAGAACAAUUGUAGCAAUUCUAAGCGUUUCUUUAGCAUGACACCAUUAUGUUGAAUCUUUUUAGACACAAAAACUAAACACCACUAUUCUGUAAACACAACCAGAAUGUUUGUAACCUAACAUGUACACAGUGCCAUAAUAAAGCAAACUGAAUUCAACAUGUA